AAGCUGCCUCGACUUCCUCUCAGAGACACACACACAUGCUGACAGACACGUAUUAUGACUCAGAGAGAGAUGGCUCGGCUGGAUGUUACAGAGACUUUUCAGGGCAUCAUAUUUCCUGGACACUUGCAUACUCAGGAAUCCCUUCGCUAUGCUACCAACUUCAAAUUUCAGGAUACAGACACUUUGAUUGUCACCUACCCCAAAUCAGGGACGACAUGGAUGCAAGAAGUUGUCACAAUGGUAUCAUGCAGAGGAGAUACAGUAAAAUCUCAAACACAGCCUAACUGGGCACGAGCUCCAUGGAUUGAGCAGUACUACUGCCCAGAUGUUCUGAAGGCUUCACAAGGACCUCGGCUUCUCACCACUCAUCUGCCAUACGAACUAUUGGCUUCUGCACUCCAAGGCUCCAAGGCAAAGGUCAUAUAUGUGGCAAGAAAUCCUAAAGAUGUGGUAGUAUCUUAUUACUACUUCCAUAAAAUGGCCAAGUUCCUAAAAGACCCAGGCACAUUCUCCGAGUUUCUGAGUGACUUUCUGGAAGGAACAGUGUACUAUGGGUCUUGGUUUGAUCAUGUGAAAGGAUGGACCAGCAAUGCAAGAAACAUUGACAACUUUCUGUAUAUCACAUAUGAAGAGAUGUGGGAGGACCUGCGUGGCUCUCUGAUGAAAGUGAGCCGAUUCCUGCAGUGUUCCCUGCUGGAGGAUGAGUUAACAAGCGCCCAGAAGACCUGUGGCUUCAACACCAUGAGCCAGAACUGCAUGGUGAACUACACCUUGAUUCCUCAGGAAAUCAUGGACCACAGCAAGGGCAAGUUCAUGAGGAAAGGUCAGAUUGGAGACUGGGUCAACACUUUCUCCCAGGAGCAAAGUCACAACUUUGAUGAAGUGUAUGCCUCCAAGAUGGCGGACUCCAUGCUGAAGUUUGUGUGGGAGACAAAAAAAUCCAGCAUAGACACAGAGAUCUUACCUCUCUCCACCGUGUGAAAUAGCACCUUAUGGAUCCUACUAUUAUUAAUAUCUUAUCGUGCUUUCCCAUAAAUCAUUCCACAUCUUAUUGCCUUCACUGUUAUUUGGUUUUGUACAGUUAUCAGGAAUGUCGUGAAGAAGUACAACAACCACUUUGUACUUUGGAUAUUUUUUUUAAUUAUAACUUGCACCCAGGACUAAGUAAAAUAUACAGUGUAUUUUGCUAUUAAAUAUGUUCAAACUUG